AUUUGGAAAACACUAAUUUUUGCUUGACUUUUAAUUAUGUUACCAUAUCGUUAAAAUUGACAAAAUAAAAAACCAAAGCAAGCUUUGUGGCGCUGUGCUCACCCACCCAGUCCCAGUGAAGCUACUCUUUAUCUUCUUCCUAAAACGAGCCUCACGUAUCCAUCGAAAACACGCUUUAAGAUACGGAGAAAAUCUUGGAACACCUUAAUCUCCAUUGAGUCGAUUCAAUUCAAAUGGGCAGGUCUCUGGUAUUCUCCCCAAACCUUCCUGUGAGAUUUUCUCAAAUACCAAGAUCAAUUUUACCGCCCAAUCAACCAAACCAGUCACUUUCACUGAACUCGAGGGAACAAUUACAACAUGGGUUUCAAAGAUUUGGACUUUCAUUUGCCAAACCCACGAGAACUCUCUGCACAAAGGCUGUGUUAUCUGAAAUUCCAAAUCAGAAGACGUAUGUAAAAGUGGGCGCCAAAUCAACUGGGCCAAUACCAAUUAGUCAGCUCAUUGAAGUGGUUGAGAAGGCUGCAAAAACUGGUGCUGAGGUUGUGAUGGAUGCUGUUAAUAAGCCUCGGAAUAUUACCUAUAAAGGGCUGACAGACUUGGUCACUGACACAGAUAAAAAGAGUGAAGCAACAAUUUUAGAAGUUGUGAGAAAGAACUUCAAAGAUCACCUUAUUCUUGGAGAGGAGGGUGGAAUUAUUGGAGAUAGUUCAUCUGAUUAUCUGUGGUGCAUUGAUCCAUUAGAUGGAACAACAAAUUUUGCACAUGGUUAUCCUAGCUUUGCAGUUUCUGUGGGAGUUCUAUUUCGAGGAAAACCUGCUGCUGCCGCCGUGGUAGAGUUUGUUGGGGGCCCUAUGUGUUGGAAUAGCCGCAUAUUUUCUGCUAGUGCUGGUGGCGGAGCAUUUUGUAAUGGUCAAAAAAUUCACGUGAGUCAAACAGAUGAGGUUGAGCGAUCUCUUCUUGUUACCGGAUUUGGUUAUGAACAUGAUGACGCAUGGACCACCAACAUAGAGUUAUUUAAGGAGUUUACUGACAUCAGCAGGGGUGUUAGAAGGCUCGGUGCCGCUGCAGUAGACAUGUGCCAUGUAGCUCUUGGGAUUGUAGAAGCAUACUGGGAAUAUCGACUAAAGCCAUGGGAUAUGGCAGCUGGUGUCUUGAUAGUUGAAGAAGCUGGAGGAAAGGUUACUCGCAUGGAUGGCGGAAACUUUUGUGUAUUUGAUAGAUCUGUUUUGGUAUCCAAUGGUGUGCUGCAUGGCAAGCUUUUGGAGAGGAUUGCACCUGCAACUGAGAAAUUGAAGAGCAAAGGAAUCGUUUUCUCAUUGUGGUACAAGCCUGACGAUUACACAACGGACAUUUGAUGCACCUGAAAAUUACUACAUUUGAUACACCUGACAGUUAUUCUUGUUCUUUGUAUUUUUGCCAAUCGUGCUGUGAACAAUGACUUCCACAGAAAGGUGGUCUCUUAAUGUUACAUUGGCGACGUUCACUGUAAAUUACAUAUAAAUUACACAUGUUGCUAUAGGCAAAUGGAAAGAGUUUGGAUUGUUCUAAAUCUGAGCUAAACAUGGUUAAUGAUCAUUUGCUCUCUCUUCAAGAAUUGAA